GCCCCCCUCCGCUCGACAACACUCGAGUCUUCGCGAAGCGUUCAAGUGGAGGAGGAAAAGGAGAGGAGAGAGAGGGAGAGUGUUCGCACUGUGGAGGAAGAAAAAGUAAACGAGAGUUCAAUAUUGUCACCAAACCGUAAGCGGGAAGUGAAAGCGUCGACAGCUCGGCUUGUGUAGAGCUAGUUCUUCCACACUCUCAUGUUGUAAACACUGUGGUUUGGCUGUGACAUUGCGACGUGAGCGACAGAGAGCAGAGGGAAAGGUCUCCUCCCAGUUUGUUGACGGAUAGAGUUUGGCUUCAGUGUAAGGAGACACGGCUAGACCCCGGCCAGUGUUGUAAUUGCCCAGGAUGUCUUCAAAGCCUCACAGUUCCAAUAACACCACCCAUGCCCGGCGGAUGGUGCAGCAGCUGAGAAUAGAGGCCAGCAUUGAGAGGAUAAAGGUAUCCAAGGCCUCUGCAGACCUUAUGAACUACUGCAGUGAACAUGCGAGAAACGACCCUCUCCUCAUGGGCAUCCCUGCUUCAGACAAUCCCUUCAAGGACAAAAAACCAUGCACUAUAUUGUAGUGGAUGCCACUUAGCCUUUAAUGUGUUUUGCUUAUUAAUAUUGCUGUAUUCUGUUUGUUGGAAGGAGUGUGUGUGUGUGUGUGUGUGUGUGUGGGGGGGGGGGCACGGCUAUGAGUUCAGUUAACAAUUCAAAGAUGAUUUUCUCAAAGGUAGCUGUGCAUAAAUAAUGAGGUGUUGUGUGGCCGCCCUAUUAGCCUGUAUUUGUUCUCACUGAAACUCU